UCCGUACUACAUGGCACGUGAGCUUAAGUCGGAUGCUGAUAUUACCUUCAUGCCAUACAACUAUCUCCUCGACCCUAAGACAAGAAAAGCACAUGGUGUUGAAUUACAAGGAAGUGUGGUGAUUUUUGAUGAAGCUCAUAAUUUGGAGAAAAUAUGUGAAGAUAGUUCAUCUUUUGACCUGAAGCCUGGUGACCUUGCCACAGCUAUUGAAGAAGUCACAAGAUUAGCAGAAAAGAUGUUGGAAAUGUUCAAAUCAGAACAGAUGUCCGAAUCUCAAUAUGAUGACCUUACUGGUGGUGGGGAAAUGCCAGACUUUACUGUUGAUGAUUUGUUAAGACUUAAAGCUACUCUUGUUGAUUUGGAAGAAGAAAUAGAUAAAAUAGAAGUUCCAAGCAAUGGUAAAGGAAUAACUAAACCUGGCAUAUUCAUGUACGAGUUACUGGCAAAGGCAAAUAUUGUGUAUGGAAACAAGAAUAUUAUUCUUGACACAUUGGACAAAAUUGUGAGCUAUGUCACAGCAGAUGCGUCUGGAGCAGGAGCUGGGUUGUCAAAGGGAGCUGGUCUCUCAAAAAUUACAGAUAUACUCAAGAUAAUCUUCAGUCAAGAAGUCUCACCGGGAGGUUCAUUGACAGAACACCAGGAGAAAAUAGCAAGGUCAUACAAGGUACAUCUGCAAAAGGAAGACAGUGGGAAAAAGAAGAAACAGAUGGAUUUGUGGACAAACUCAGCUGCAUCAGAAAAAUCUGGAAAGACAUUGAGUUACUGGUGUUUCAGUCCUGGACACAGUAUGAAUGACCUGAAGGCUCAUGGUAUCAAGUGUAUUGUGCUGACGAGUGGAACCCUGUCACCUCUGUCUUCAUUUACUGCAGAGAUGCAAGUAUCAUUCCCAGUGCAGCUAGAGAAUCCCCAUGUUAUACAGAAACACCAGGUCUGGAUUGGGACUCUGAGGAAAGGACCAGAUGGUACAACAUUGAACUCUAACUAUGAAACUAGGUUCACCCCUUCUUAUCAGUCUUCACUUGGAAACUGUAUAGUUAACUUUGCUCGUGUAACACCAAAUGGACUCUUGAUAUUUUACCCAUCAUACCCUGUUAUGGAAAAAUGUCUUGAACAUUGGAAGGAGACAAACAUAUGGUCAAGGAUAGAACAGUACAAACGGAUUUUUGUUGAGUCCAGAUCCAAAGGUGUAUUAAAUGAUUUGAUGAAUGACUUCUACAGUAAGAUAAAUGAUCCAACACUGAAUGGGGCUAUUUUUAUAGCUGUCUGUAGAGGAAAGGUUAGUGAAGGGCUGGAUUUUUCUGAUAUCAAUGGCAGGGCUGUUGUUAUAACAGGUCUCCCUUACCCUCCAUACUUGGACCCAAAAGUUGUCCUCAAGAUGCAGUACCUCGAUGAAAUGAAAGGGAAGCAGGGAUUUCAGAGUUUAUCUGGAAAAGAAUGGUACAAACAACAAGCUUCUAGAGCUGUGAACCAGGCUAUAGGACGUGUGAUAAGACACAGAGAAGAUUUUGGUGCUAUUAUUCUUUGUGAUACAAGGUUUGCCAAUACUGAUGCAGUGAGCCAGUUACCAGUGUGGGUCAGACCUCAUGUGAACAAGUAUGAUGCAUUCGGUGCAGCUGUCAGAGAUGUGAUGGUUUUCUUUAAAACUGCUGAAAAACUGAUGCCAGCUCCAAAACCACCAAAGAAGUCUUCAUCCUCCAGUUCAUCCGGUGCAUACUUCAUGCCGACUAUAAACAGAUCAGCACAUUCUGGACCAAGUAGUGUUCAACCGGCCCAUACUGUGAUGCAACAUGUUCCUAGUUUGAAACGUAGAGAUGAAGUUUUCACAAAUGACAAAUUACGAGAACAGUACCAAGGUGGCGCCAGAGGAUCAUCCUCAUCUUCAUCACAGAAAAGCUUGUUUUCUGCGCUUGAUCAUUCAGAGAAAUGUCAAGAGGAUAUGCUGUCAGAAUCACAGUUACCGUCUUUUCAACCGAGUUCAUCAUCGAGUGUCGGGAUGAGAAAACCCCAAAAUAAAAAGAAAAUUGUGAUAAAGAAACGGGGUAGUGAAUCAGCACCAGCCACACAGGAAAGCACAGAAGUUUCUUCCAAAGUUUCCAUGUCACAUCUGAAUUCAGCUGAAAGUUACAUUGCAGAGGUGAAAAGCACGCUCAGUGGAGAUUCCUACAAAAUGUUCUCAAAGGCUUUGAUAGAAUACAAGAAAAGUGAAGACAUUGAUAAAGUGAUUGAAGUUCUUGCCGCUUUGUUCACUGAAGACACUGCCAAACAUCAUCUGUUUGCAAAGUUUUACAGAUUUGUAAGAUCAAAACAUAAAGAGCAUUUCCACAUCAUGUGUCGAGAACUUACAGGGUUAUCAACAGGAUACAAGGCAGAAGACACGGUGAACAAGAAAAGGCUUCAAGAAACAAUAGCUUGCCAUGAAAGUGUGUCGAAGCGACUUAAAACAGAGGAUGAUAGAACAGAUUUGAAAAAAUCUAAAGACAAUAGUAAAACCAACUCAGCAUCUGAAACCAGUAGUGUAUCAGUGAACACUAUGUUAACUACCUCAAAGACUGUGAAUGAAGCAAAUAAGGAAAAUAAUAAAGAAAAGGGCAGUCCGACUGGUUCUGAUGUGAAGUCUUUAUCUGGGACUGGUUCCCAGCAAUCUGCUGCUAGCGAAACAGAAAAAAUGGUGAACCAGACUAAAUAUGGACAGCCACAAUCAGGAUAUACAUGUUGUUCUUGCAAGAAAUCUGCUAAAUUACCAUUUAUAUCCCAGUGUGAACAUGUGUGUUGUAUGGAUUGUUGGAGGCUAGUGUUCGAAGGGGACAAACUGUGUCCAUCAUGUAAACAAAGGGUACGCAGACGUCACUUGACUAGACUGGUAUUCAAAUUGAAAGAAGAAAAGGGAGAUAAUUGUGAUGAUGAUACUUGAUCUUUGACCAAUUUGAAAUUGUACAUAGUAUAUCAAAUGAAAGCAAUUCUGUAUAAGAUAUUUUGCUAUAUUAUUAAAACUAAAGUAAU